UUGAAAACUAACUAGUAAGCUUGACGUAGUAAAUUUAUUGAUCCGUUUCCGUAGAUUUUCAGUUGAAAAAAAAAAUAAAACGAUAGGAUCAGUUCGAGUGGUAAGCGCGAAUGAAUUGGUAGCAGUAAUUAUUAAUUCGACAUGCCUGAAAAACUGAAUAAGUUCGAAUUAGGUUAUUCGCUGAAAGCAUUUGGCAAAAUUCCAGUAUGCGAAUACGUUUCUAGAAAAACAGGACUCACGGUUGUUAUUGCUGAAGUGGAAGGACCAAUUGUCACAGGACAUUUUUGUUUAGCAACCGAAACGUUCGAUGAUGAUGGGUUACCACACACUUUGGAACACUUGAUUUUUCUGGGAAGUUUACACUAUCCAUAUAAGGGAGUGUUGGAUCUAUUGGCAAACAGAUGUCUGGCUUCCGGUACGAAUGCUUUUACUCAAACGGACCAUACUUGUUAUACUAUGGAAACAGCUGGGAGCGAUGGUUUCCUGGCACUUCUUCCCAUAUAUCUGGAACACAUUCUUUAUCCUACUCUGAAGGAUGAAGCUUAUGUAACAGAAGUUCAUCAUAUUACAGGAGACGGUAACGAUGCCGGUGUUGUUUACUGUGAGAUGCAAGGUAGAGAAAAUUCCGCCGAAUCCAGAUUACAAACAGAAGUCUUGAGAUACAUUUACCCCGGACGUUGUGGAUAUUCCUCAGAAGUUGGUGGAAGAAUGAAAAAUCUAAGAGAAUCUACUUCUAAUGAAAAGUGUAGGGCAUUCCACAAGGCUUUUUACCGACCAGAAAAUCUUAAAAUUAUCAUAUGCGGAAAGGUUGAAGCACAAGAUGUUUUUGACUCUCUAACUAAUCUAGAAGAACUGAUUCUUUCAAAGGGAAAAUUUGAUCCAUUCGAACGUCCUUGGCAAACUCCAAUUCCCCCUGUUCCCGAAUCGAAAGAUAUGGUAGUUAAAUAUCCAUCCGACGAAGAAACUAACGGAAUGUUCUGUGCUGCAUUCAGAGGACCAUCUUUGGUUGAUGAUUAUUAUACAGUCGAAGCGGUUCUAAUAUUGUUGGAAUAUUUGUCUACGUACGCAACUUCACCAUUAAAUAAAAUGUUUGUCGAAAUUGACGAUCCAGACGCAAGUGCGGCUGGAACAGACGUGGGUAGAUACUCAGAAAUAUGCUUGUAUGUAAUACUACAGGAUGUCCCAGUUGAUAAAUUACCUACAAUCGGACAUAAACUGAAGGAACUGUUUAUGAAUAUAGUCAAAGAAAAGGACAUCGAUAUGAUACAGAUCCGCAACAUUUUAGAAAAAAAUAAACAGUCGAAUUUGAGCGAGCUGGAAAGCUCAGCUCAUAAACUAGUUCCAACAACAGUAAUUGAGUACAUGCUCUACGGAAGAUCUAUCGAAGACUUGGUGCAACGUUUCAAUCCUUUAGAUAUAAUAAAUAAAAUGUUGGACGAACCGAAAUCUUUCUGGUUGGAAAUUUUCGAUAAAUAUUUCGUGAGUAAUCAACAAGCCGUGUUUAUACAAUGCACCCCUUCGAUUGAGGUACAACAACAAAUGGCUAAAGAAGAAAAAGAAAGAAUAGAACGUCAGAUCGAGACGUUAAAACCGCGGGGGUUGUUGGAGAAGAAAAAACUUUUGGAAGAAGCGAUAACUCAUAACGAGAGACCGCCACCUCAGGAAAUGCUCACAUCUGUACCGAUUCCCGGAUUGGAAUCGAUAAAAUUCCACAGUAUCGAGAGAUUUAAUAGCGAUUCGGAAUCGAAAGAAAAAAUCGAUUUGUCGAACACUCCAGUUUUUACUUAUUUCGAUAAUUUGGAAAGCAAUUUCGUUUUUAUCAUCGUAACGUUGGAUACUACCGGCGUACCGUCGGAAUUGAAAAAAUACAUCCGCCUUUUUCUCAAAAGUUUAACCGAACUACCAAUCGAACGAGACGGAAUAUUAAUAUCGUACGAAGACGUAGAAACUCAAAUAAGCAACGAUACAAUCGGAGUAAUGUCCAGUUUGGGUAUUCAAGGAUCCGACGAUUUUAGCGCCGGAUCUUAUUCUUCGAUCGCUUCCAUCACAAUGCAAGUCGAAGCAUCCAAAUACGAAAUAGGUUUUAAAUGGAUGAGCGAUUUGUUGUACAAGACCGUUUUCACGCCAGAAAGAUUGAAUAUUAUCGUUAAUAAAAUUAAUAAUUCUGUCGCAACGUUCAAAAGGGAUGCGACCAAUGUCGUUUCAUAUAUUAUGAACGGACUAAGAUUCCAACCUGAUAGCAACAUUAUCCAGACUGGUGUAUUACAACAAUAUAAAUUACUAACAGAAGUACAGUCGAAACUUGAAUGUGGUGAUACUGAAGAACUGAUUGGGAAUCUUGAGAAGGUUCGAAAAAUUUUAAGCGAUCCUUCUAAUGUUGUCGUAUACGUUUCUGGAAAUUUGAAUCUUCUAAAUAAUCCUGUGAGACCUAUUAGUGAAUUUAUACCACCAGGAACAGCUGAUAUUGUAAAACAAUACAAAUUGAGUGUCACACCAGAUUACGAUCUACUGAAAAAGUUGAAAGGCUCUAACCAAGGUUGUGUUGUUGGAAUUGGAUCUUUGGAAUCGUCAAACUUUUUCCAAACGGCACCUAGCAUACAUUCCAAGAAUGAUCCAGAUUUGGCCGCCUUACGUGUGUUUAUUAAUUAUUUGGCACAACUUGAGGGUCCGCUAUGGAAACAGAUCCGUGGAAAAGGCUUCGCUUACAGUUACUCAAUUUUAUGCGUAACCUGUGAAGGUUUAAUUUAUCUAUCAUUCGAUAGAGCUACCAACGUGGUUGGAGCUUACAAAGAAACUAAAGCAAUUGUUGAUAAACAGUUAGAAACUAAAGUGUGGGACGAGGCGUUAUUGGAAUCGGCAAAAAGUAGUUUGAUGUUCGAAAUUAUAAAUUUGGAGAAAACACUUUCGGAUGUCACUGACGUAUCGUUUAGGGCGAAUUUCGAUGAAGUGGAUUAUGAUUUUAAUCAGAAAUUUUUGAAGGCGAUUAAAGAUGUAACGUGCGAUGAUUUAAAUAGAGUUGGGGAACAAUAUAUGGCUUCGUUAUUUGAUCCGAAACAGGCUAGGACUGCCAUCGUUACUGAUCCAGCUAAAUUAGAAGAAAUAGCUGAGGGUUUUAAAGAGUUAGGUCUUCUAUUGGAUGUUUACAAUUCACUCGAAGACAGUUUUUUGAAUGAAUUGUAAUAACCGGGUAUAUAAAGAAAAUAAUUGAGGAAAUGGAAAAUAUAUUUUAUUAUUAAACGCUUUGUUAAACUUUUUAGCGAAUUAAAUAUAUAUCUCAUUUGUUUGGACA